CACUAUGUUGCGGUGUGUGGACGGUGUAGUGUAUUUUCCGCUAUUGAUUACUAUGCUUUUUUUUCAAUUGCACACAAAAACAGAUCUCCACUGUCUGUUCGCAGAUUUAGGGCAAAAAUAAAGACAUAGACCCGUAAUCUGUUUCUACAGCGAAAAGAAAGGCCAAGCUCUGUUGCAAGCUAGUGUUUAUCACCAAUCUCAUAUUUUGUAGUUUUUCGUUGAUACUACUUUGCCUAAUGACGACUGACUGAUUAUCAAAGGAACCUCAAGAGCGCCGUUAAAGCAUGGCUAUGAGCUCAGGAUCAUCAUCUACGAUGAUGAGAAAUACAUAUAGUAGCCCAAUGGCAACAGGCGCUCAGUCAGGCCAGAGUAUUCAGUCUUCCGGCAAUGAACCAUCGCAACAAGCUCAGCCUACACAGAGGAAUGCCAACACAGCUUUUUUAUGUAAAGCUGGUUGUGAGACAGUUCAAGAAAUAGUGGUGCGAACUAGUGAGGUAUUUGCUAUGCUUAAAACUAUGCCACUUCCAAGUGGCACUAGCCAGGGAAACCAGCUAAGCCUGGAGAAAAAGCUACGCAUUCAGGAGUAUCUGAAUUCCAUUCAGCGACAGUUCAAAACACUAAGAGCUAUAUAUACCAGAGUUAAUGAUGACUGUGCUGGGAUGGAAUAUACACACAUUGAGAGUUUAAUUCCUUAUAAAGAUGAGGGAGAUAACAGAACUGACCAAAAGAAAAUUAGUGAUAAUUAUCGUCAUCUUGUAGAAGAAGCCAGAGAUCUGCGAGAGCAAUUAUAUCAAAAGGCAAGAUACAUGAAAGAAAUAAUUGAACAGUUACGGAAGAUAAUUUGGGAAGUAAACACAAUGUUGGCGAUGAGCAAUACUUAAUUUUAAUCUCCAAUAUGCAAUUUUCUUUGUAAUCAGUCAUCAGAAUUGUAACUGAGGUUUGUUUAUAACAUUUAUAUAUAGUAGAAUGGGAAUGUUGAUAGUACAUUCCUGUAACUUUUCUGUAUUUGUGAUAUCUUCUUUGAUAUUUAUAUGUCCUAAAUAAAAUAACUUCCUA